GGCUGCGGUGGGUGUCCGGCAGCUGCAGAGUUCGUAGAGGGCUCGCUGCCAGGGCACAGAGACACAGAAGACACAUGAAGUGUAAGGGCUGCCACAGCCGUGGCGCGUGUCAGUCGGAGAAAGGACUCCUGUAUUUUUAAAGGCCAGUCGAUUUGGGAAGAAGGAAAAAAAUGUCUCAGAAGCAGAUGAAGGAAGCUUUUGUCAGUAACCACAAUGGAACCAGCGUGCUGGAAGUCACCCAGGGCUUGUGCUUGCCUGCACUCUGUAUUGUGUGCAGAGGGCUCCUGAUCAUUCUCUCACAGGAGAGAAUGUGUUCACAUACCUGGAGAACUAGAUUCUGCAUUGACUUUGUUUUCCUUAUAGUUCCCAUGGUGGCCACUUUGACCAUUUUGUCUUCAUUUGUCCUCCUUGAGCACCUUGCUGUAAUUUUCUGUGGGGCAGGGCUGUUCUAUCAAAUAUACUGCAGGAGAACUUGUGCCAGAAUGCCUGUCCAGAAAAUGCUUGAAAAAUUCUUGAAAAUCAGUCUAGAAUCUGAAUACAUUCCAGCCAUCUCUUGUUUCCGUGUAAUUAACAGUGCAUUUACUGCCAUUGCCAUUUUGGCUGUGGACUUCCCACUUUUCCCCAGAAGAUUUGCCAAAACUGAGCUCUAUGGGACAGGAGCAAUGGAUUUUGGAGUAGGAGGUUUUAUUUUUGGGACUGCAAUGGUUGGUCCAGAAGUAAGGAAAAAAUACACAGGAGAGUCCAGAUUUUAUUAUCUUACAAAGUCAUUGUACUCUAUUUGGCCAUUAGUCUUCCUAGGAAUAGGGCGAUUAGUCAUUAUAAAAGCCAUAGGCUACCAGGAACAUUUGACUGAGUAUGGAGUUCACUGGAACUUUUUCUUUACCUUAAUAGUUGUGAAACUGAUAACAUCAUUGCUUUUGGUUAUUUUUCCUCUAAAUAAAUCCUGGAUUGUGGCAAUCAGCAUUAUUGUGUUAUACCAGCUAGCCCUUGACUUUACCCCACUGAAAAGGUUAAUUUUGUAUGGCACUGAUGGUAGUGGCACAAGGGCUGGUUUAUUAAAUGCCAACAGAGAAGGAAUAAUUUCUACCUUGGGGUAUGUGGCAAUUCAUAUGGCUGGCGUGCAAACAGGGUCAUAUAUGCUUAAAAAAAGAUCACAGGUCAAAGACUGGAUAAAAGGAGCAUGCCGUAUUCUGCUGGCAGCCAUUAGCCUCUUCAUAUCUCUCUACAUAGUUCAGGUAAAUGUUGACGGAGUAUCUCGGAGAAUGGCCAAUUUAGCCUUUUGUAUUUGGAUAGUUGCUUCUAGCCUGAUCCUUCUUAGUAGUUUAUUACUGGGUGAUAUAAUUUUGAGUUUUGCCAAAUUUCUAAUUAAAGAGGCUGUAGUACCAUGUUCUUGGAAACUGAUCCAUUCGACUGUCACAAAUAAAAAGCAUUUAGAAUCUCUAGUCUCUGAAGCUGAAAGAAAGGAACCCGGUCUUUGUUUAAUCACAGCUAUGAACAGAAACCAGUUAAUUUUUUUCUUGCUGUCAAAUAUAACUACUGGUCUGAUCAACCUGUUGAUAGAUACCCUACACAGCAGUACAUUGUGGGCCUUAUUUGUGCUCAAUCUCUACAUGUUUACCAACUGUUUAAUUAUAUAUGUGCUACACUUGCAAGAUAAGACGAUAAAAUUUUGGUGACCAGUACGGGAAGGAAGUAUCUGUGUUAUAGCAAUAUUUUAAUGAGAACGAACAUUAAAUGUGAAGAAAAUGGGCUUUUGGCAACCCAGUGUUAACCAUAUUUUUUUUCAAUCCUCUAUAAUAGUAAUGAUGCUUAAUGUUUUAAUGUCUCAACACUAUAUAAAACAAACCAACAGAGAAAAACCAAAGUCUUGUGACUUAUAAAGAAACUGCAGUCAUGACACUGAAAGACUGGAGGGUGGGGAGGAAGAAUUUAACCAUACCAUUCUAUAUUUUUUUAUUAUAUGACAUUUAUAAUGACAUUUACAUGAAAACAUCUCAGUGUGAAUUUAUUGUAUGACUUUUGUAAUAAAAUUUACAUGAAAACAUC